CGGCCGAGAAAAAUCCCCAAAUUUUCCUUUAUUUUCCCUUCCACUUUCCCGAAACAGAAAAUUAGAAACCUCAACUGCGAAAAGUGUGAGCGAUGAGGAAGCUGAGCAGAAAAUUGAGAAAUUCACAGGACGAUGACUUCUCUCUACCCACUUGGGACGAUCCUUCCCUCAACGAUUCUCGCCCCAUGGAUACUCAAGAGCAAGAGGAGUUGGUUCGUGAAAUGGAGAAGAGUCAAGCUCAACAGAGUCGGUUAUGGAGGGUUUUGUUUGCAUUGCUUCUCUUUUGUUUCGCGGUGUUUCUGUUGUACUCAAUCUGUCAGCAGGUUCUGUCUCCAUGGGAAUUGCGUUAUCAUGCUUAUUUCAUGGAAGAGAUGCUCUCAUGGAUGAUUAUAUCUGCAGAUUGGCUAGCUGUUGUAACAUAUUCAUCAGCUAUCAUAGGAUUGCUUCAUGAUUCAAAGCAUCACCGCCAAUGGAUUUGGUACUCACUCUUUAGUGGCAUUGUACUUGCAGCUUUCUGGCUGUAUUACAUGUUGAGAUUGCCAAGGUUCCGCUGGGAUGUAAUCUGGCUUCCAUUUGGACCUCUAAGCGGAGCGGCACUGGCUCUGUACGUUGAUCAUCUGCUAACUGAGUCAUCAGAAGAGAUAAGAAAGCUUCGAGGCUAUAUGGAGAUGGAGAGGGAGCUCGUACAAGCUUGAUUCUCUAACCGUGUUAAUCGCAUGGAAAUUCAUGGUUGAACUCGAAGGCUUAAACUUUUGGGACCUGCAGGCUUCAUGUCAGCACGAACGAUGACCAAAUUUCAUAAAAGACUACAAGAAAUUACUUAGUGAGUAGUUUUAAAGAAAAUUUCCAUGUAAUUUCUAUAACCACGGACAUAUAUGCUGAUGAGAAGAUAUUUGUAAAAGCACGUCUCUUUAGUGUGAAGGCGUUGUCUAAACCGUCGAGGGAGGUGUCACAAUUUUUGUACGACUUUUUUAACGGCGAUUUUGCAACCGCCUACUAAAAUACCAGGGUGAUUUUCCUAA